UGCCUUAGCAACAGCCAGGCAUGGAAGCUCCUCUGAGAAUCACAAGCAUUCAGAUCACGUUGGAAGGCCAGAGAAUCUGGAGUCUGGUGGCAGCGGCAGUGAUGUGUGCAUUUGCUUAGGAGCAGGUGACAUGGCUUUCUCUUCAGACUUCUUUAUGCCUGAGCCACCCAUUGGAAAGUUUCAUGCAGGCUCUUGGGAAAGCUGGUGCUGCUGCUGCUGCUGCUGUCUGAUUCCCGCGGACAGACCUUGGGACCGGGGCCGGAGCUGGCAGCUGGAGAUGGCGGACACCAGAUCGGUGUAUGAAACCAGGUUUGAGGCGGCGGUGAAGGUGAUCCAGAGUUUGCCGAAAAAUGGAUCAUUCCAGCCAACAAAUGAAAUGAUGCUCAAGUUCUAUAGCUUCUACAAACAGGCAACUGAAGGGCCCUGUAAACUUUCAAGGCCUGGAUUCUGGGAUCCUAUUGGAAGAUAUAAAUGGGAUGCUUGGAGCUCAUUGGGUGAUAUGACUAAAGAAGAAGCCAUGAUUGCAUAUGUUGAAGAAAUGAAAAAGAUUCUUGAAACUAUGCCUAUGACUGAGAAAGUUGAAGAAUUGCUGCAUGUUAUAGGUCCAUUUUAUGAAAUUGUAGAAGACAAAAAGAGCGGGAAGACUUCUGACUUGACCUCAGUCCGAUUGGAGAAAAUCUCCAAGUACUUAGAAGAUCUUGGUAAUGUUCUGAUCUCUUCAAAUGCCAAAGCUGUUAAUGGUAAAACGGAGAGCAGUGACAGUGGAGCUGAGUCUGAGGAAGAGGAGGCCCAAGAAGAGGUCAAAGGAGCAGAACGGAGUGGAAGUAAUGAAGAUAAGAAAAUGGUAAAGAAAUCAACAGAUAAGAAUUUGGAAAUCAUUGUCACCAAUGGCUAUAAGGAUAGCUUUAUUCAGGAUACACACAAUGAUGUUCAUAGCGGUUCUUCCCCGAGGGACAGAAGCAAUGAAGAAGCAAAACUGGUAGAUCCGAGUCUGGAGCAGACCGGAAACACUGUUGUCUGCGUUCACCAAGAUACAAAUGAUGAUCACAGUGAAGAUGCUUCAGGAAUUCAUUUGACAAGUGAUUCAGAUAGUGAAGUAUACUGUGAUUCUAUGGAGCAGUUUGGACAAGAAGAGUAUUACUUAGGUGGUGAUCCCAGUCAGCACUUGGAAAAUUCUGGUUUUUGUGAAGACGCUCAAAUAUCUCCCAGAAAUGGCAGCAUUGGGAAAAUGCGGAUGGUAGCAGUCGAGGGAAAAGGUGAAGUAAAGCACGGAGGAGAAGAUGGCAGAAGUAACAGCGGAGCGCCACACCGUGAGAAGAGAGGAGGAGAAAGCGAGGACUUCUCUAAUGUCAGAAGAGGGAGAGGGCAUAGAACGCCCCAUCUGAGUGAAGGGACCCAGGGUCGGCAAAUAGGCAGUGGAGGUGAUGGCGAGCGCUGGGGCUCAGACCGAGGCUCCAGCGGCAGCCUCAGUGAGCAGAUUGCCCUUGUACUCAUUAGACUACAAGAGGACAUGCAGAAUGUCCUUCAGAGACUUCAUCGACUGGAAACACUAACUGCUUCGCAGGCAAAAUUAUCGUUGCAAACAAGUAAUCAGCCCUCCUCACAGAGACCAUCUUGGUGGCCCUUUGAGAUGUCUCCUGGUGCAUUAACUUUUGCUAUUAUAUGGCCUUUUAUUGCCCAGUGGUUGGUGCAUUUAUAUUAUCAAAGAAGGAGAAGAAAACUAAACUGAAGAAAAUCACAUUUUAUUCAAGAAGACUUCUAGAUCUGGAUGGCCUAAAAUAUGAAAUGGAUUGUGGAUUUCACAAGAAAAUCUCAGUUUGUGAUGAUUACAUUUCUUUUUUGUCCAAUAGUUUGGUUUAUAUAUAUAUAUACAUAUAUAUAUAUGUAUUCUUUGCACUACACAAAUGGUAACAUUUUAAGGACUAAUAUUGCUGAUACUUGAAAAAUCAAUCUCAAUUAGGUUUUAACUGGCACACAUAGACUUACUCUUUUUGAGCUUGAAGGACAUUAAGUUAUUAAUUAUUGUUUAGUAACAUGUUUACCUGAUUUUCUCUCAUAAGAAAUAAAAGCUGCUUUUAUAAGGCACUGUUAUGAUUGUAAGAUAAGAUUUAUAAUACUUACUUUUCUAAAUUAAUCACAAGAAAGAAUUCAACACAAGAGUAGAUUUAAAUAAGGUUAAAUCAAUUUUGUAGCAGUCACUGAACUGUCAGCCAGGUAGCAGAAAACCGAUGGAAGAAUCCUCUACGUGUUUUUGUGGUCUGCAGAGUCUUGGGGUUUCACGACUCAGAAAAUCACUGUCCUUUGUACUGUGGUUACUUUUUACAAAUGAUUCAUUGAACAGACUUAACUGGAUGAUGGAGAUGAUGGAGAAUAGGCCUAAUGGAUGUGUGAAAGUGUGUUCCAAGCUGACCCCAAGAACUAAGCAGAUUUUAAUUCAAUCAUUCACUCUUACUCUUUUGUAAUCAUUUUUCUUUAAGUGAGGAUAUCCAAUGUUGGCUUCAUAGGGUGCUUUGCAAAAAAAAUGAGAACUUAUUUAUACUGUUUUUACUAAAGAAAAAAACCGCAUGAAAAUCUUUUUUUUUUUUUUCUGCAAGUGGUAAACUCCAGUUUGGAUUCUUAACCUCUUAGUGCCUCAGGUUUUCCUUUGGGGUGUACUCACAAGGUAUUAGAAGGACUUUAAAUAUACAGGCCAUCUGUGUCCACAUAAUUAAAGAAUGCCUAACUAAUGGAAACUUAAGUUGCUUCUGGCCAUUAGACCAAAAGGAAGAUUAAUGUAGAUCCUGGAAGACUGUAUUUGAAAAACAAUCCUUGUAUACUUUCCAAAACCCAUGCUCACUCAUAUACCUUAUGCUUUGAAGAUGUAAUUUAAAAACUUUCUAGCAAAUCCCCCUUUUUCCUUUUGAGACAGUCUCAGUAGUAGCUCAUGCAGGCCUCCAAUUUAUAUAUAGCUAAAGAUGACCUUGAACACUUGAUGUAAUGGUCUCCACUUCUCUCCAGUUUCUGGGACCACAGGCAUGUACCACCAUGGCUAGCUUUGUAUAAUAAAAAAAUUAAUGCAUUCUUGAUGUAUAUGAUGUUUGGGUAUUAGCAUUAGGUACUGAAAAUUUUCAGUAAGAGUGAAAGAAUCCUUAUCUAGUAUAUAUCUUUGAAGAAAAAAAAUAUGAGAACAUGAUUUGCUUGUCCCAGAUUUCUCAAUUUUUUUUUUUUUUUUUUUUUUUACUGUACUUAGUUUUUAAAUUGUAUAUCACAUCUUGGUUGAUCUGUUUAAAAGGAGCUACUAGUAUUUGCUUAAGAUACAAAACAAACCAACCCAAAUCUAUUUUCUACUUAUUUAGAAGGGAAAAAAAGGCAAAUAACUGAAUUAUCAUAGAGAAAGUGUGGAUUGAGAGUUUAUUUUUUUUUAAAUUAGACAAUUUGGUAUCAUAAAAUGGCUUUUUUUCUUAUAUGAAUAAAAUGCAAAUCAAGGAUGUAACCAGUUGUGAUUCAUUGCAAGUAGUCAAGGUAACUAACUCCUAAGGGCAACCAUUUAUAUCUUAUACCAGAAUUACUUUAUAGUUUGAAAAGCACUUUGCACAGUUCUUGUAUAUAAAAGAUGUAAUUAUAGGAUAUAAUGGUAAUGCUUUAAAACAUAAACCUCAUUUUAAAAAUUGACAGCUAUGAUAUUUUUUUAAUGAUCAGCUUUUCUGUUUAUUGUAAAACUAAGUUAACAAUAAAAGGUUAAUGAGAAA